CGGCAGUAAAUCUUUCCAUGGGCCUGCCAUAGACAUCGGCGAGACAAUUGAAGAGUCCUUGAGUCCAGAAGAACGCAAAAGAGUCUCCAAGUGUAAAGACCCGAAGGGACCGUGGUGGCUUUGAGUGACUAAGCACAGACCUUUCAAUUCUUUGCACGAAUCGCAUUCCUCCCUCAACAAAACCGCGCCUUCCUCGAGUGAUAGCGCCAAAAGAUGGGUAUCGAAAUUAAGCCCAUAACUACCGAGGAUAUUCUUUCGGUAGUGGAAUGCAUCCAAGUCGCGUUCGCCGACGACCCAUACCACCUGUGGGCGUUUGACACGCGGCCGGGCAAGUUCAACAAGGAACGCAACUUUGCCAGUCUCAAGGCCAAGUGCGAUUGGGGGAUGCGUAACGCCUUGUUCUACGUGGCCAAGGACACGGAAGACGACGACGGCAAAGUACUCGGCGUGAGCAUGUGGAUGAAGCCGCGAGACGUAAACGACAAGCAGACCUGGAGUGAAUGGAUCGACGACUACGUUUUGUGGUUCAAGCAGGGUUGGAAUCUGCUCCGCUUUCGGGGCCGCGGUGGCCUGAACACCAAGAGGUACUGGAUAUGGAAGCGCGAGCAGGCCCAGGCGCAGAGCGCCGUCUGGACGGACCCCAACGGGUACUACUUUUGUAACAUCGUCACCGUCAGGCCGGGGAUCCAGGGCAAGGGCAUCGGGAGGUCGCUGUUCGAGGUCGUCACCAAGCAGGCGGACGAGGAAGGUCGAAUGUGUUACCUCGAGAGUUCCAAGGAGACGCCGAACAUUGCAAUCUACGAGAAGAUGGGCUUCAAGAUGGCACGGAAGAUGGUGUGUGACGAUGACGGGGUCAAGUGUGAUUUAUUUUGCAUGGUCAGAGAACCUCAACAACAAAAGCCUUGACCCCGGAGGAGGGAGUUUGUGUUUUCUCUAAACUAAGGAUGUGCUACCUAGAGGCAAAACAUAUCAUGCAAAGGCGCAAGCAUAUGUGUAUGGUCUUGAGAACUUGAGGAAUUGAGAGAUUGACAGUGUCGGCG